AUGGAUCUUGUUUAUAGCAACGCCCGCGCCACGAUAGUCGCAGCGUCUGGUAACAGUGCUAGUGAUGGCUUACCAGGAAUCAGUGUACCACGCUAUCAAGCCCACGCAGAUAUUGGCGAGACCCACCUAAUUCAAGUCUCUAACGUUGUGGAAGAAAUCACGCUCAGCAAAUGGUCUACGCGGGGGUGGACUUACCAAGAAUGGUACUUCUCCAGAAGGCGACUGAUAUUUGCAGACAGCGAAGUAGUGUUUCUUUGCAACCAGGAAAUGGCACAGGAGACGAUUUGGGGUGUUGGUUUUUAUCCGUUCGGGGUUAACGGGGAUGAAUUCGAGUCAUUGACUCCUCAACGGUAUUCGCGGCUUCAUUCUCGCGAUCUCAUGUCAAGGAUAGAGGUAUACAGCAGGCGAGAUCUAUCCCACGAUUGUGAUAGCCUGAAUGCAUUUUCUGGCAUCCUGAGGCAUUACGAGUCAGCUGCAGAGCGUUGCCAUGAAUCAUUUUCCCACCUUUGGGGAGUUCCAUUACAGAUGCACCAUUAUCCGGGAGAGGUAUUGGUAAUGUUUGAACUGAUGUGGGAUCAUGAAGCUAUUGCCCAUCGAAGAGAUGGUCUACCCAGCUGGUCUUGGUCAGGUUGGGGUGGCUCGGUCACGUUUACAGAUUCUGCAUUGAAAAUACAGGUUCCUACAGCGAAGCUGGCAGCAGAUGAGAAUGAAAAAGUGACUUCCUCAGGAAAGCGCGUUCUUCGGAUACAGAUUUCCCUUGAGGACAGGACUAUUGAUUUAUAUAGUUUCUGUCGGGAACGUAAGUUGAAUCUACAUCGCGGAAUACAGCCCAAGGAAUUACAUAUUACCUCAUUCAUUAUCCCGCUACGAUUUCGUAAAGUUCAUAGUGACCCGUUACCCAAAAUUAUUCCAACAUUUCUCGCAAGGCCAGGUAUAUUUCUUGGCACCCUGGUGUGUUGGGAUAGAGAACAUGAUUUUGAAUUGCACAAAUUGGGCCUGGUACUACCAAGCGGUGACUACUACGAAGGUGUCUACAACAUCAUCGUUCUUCAUCCUGUAGCAGACGGAAAGUACGAGCGGGCUGGACUUGUUAUCCUAAACUAUGAUCCUCAUACGGGAAACUUCAAAAAUGGAGGACUACACGAGGAUUGGGAAGUUCUAUUGGAUGAAAAUGAUAAUUUAAUUUCAGAAGAGGACCCUAAGUACAUGAAUUUGGGUAACGAGGAAUCAAAUGAGUAUCUAUUUCUUCAAGACGCCGAAUGGAAAACUAUUUGCUUAGUAUAG